AUGAAAACUAAAUUGACCAAUGUUUAUAUCAAUCCACCAGUAGCACCACCUCUAGUUGGGGGUUAUGGGUACGGCUUUGGUGUUCCUUUUUAUGGCGGAUGGGGCUGGUCACCUUUCUCAUUUUUUGCACCGGGUCCCAGUGUUGCUAUUGGCAUUGGAGGUGGAUUUGAUGUCUUGGUUUUGUUCUUGUUUCUCGGUGCUGCUGCUGCUGUCAUUAGGAGAGUCUUUGGAUCAAGAGAAGAAGAUGACUACUAA